AUUGAAGUGGUGGUGUGGGAGGCAACCUAAUAAAUGGUUACUGGGGGAUGAUACUGUGUUCUACUUGAAGGAUUUUGUUCUUAUUUCUCCCUCGCUUUGUUUUGUGAAUUCUCAAUCCUUCUUACAGGGUCAAUCUAAAUGUGAGGACUGUAACCUUUUCGGGGACUGGUGGAGUGUUGGAAGAUUUAUCUGCCCUUUGCAUUUUGAUUUUGGUCAAUCUUUUCUCAGAGCAGUUAUAAAUUAAAUUUAGCUUGUUUGUCUGUUCGAUUGGCCAUAGCACUCUGUUAGGUUUUGAGAUCUGGAAUUUUUAUGGCCUGCAAUAAAGAAGAGGCCUUAAGGGCCAAGGACAUUGCUGAAAAAAAGAUGGAAGGUAAGGAUUUCACAGUGGCUCGUAAAUUUGCCCUUAAAGCUCAGCAGCUAUGUCCUGAUCUGGAGAAUAUCACUCAAAUGCUUAUUGUUUGUGAUGUGCAUUGCUCUGCCGAGCAGAGAUUAUUUGGUAAUGAGAUGGACUGGUAUAAAAUUCUUCAAAUUGAGCUGACGGCCAAUGAUGCAACAAUUAAGAAGCAAUACAGGAAGUUUGCACUCCAACUUCAUCCUGACAAAAACAAGUUUGCUGGUGCAGAAGCUGCAUUUAAGCUGAUUGGGGAAGCUCAAAGAGUGCUUUUGGAUAGAGAAAAACGGUAUCUGCUUGACAUGAACUUGAAGCGCAGGGUUCCAAUGAGCAAAACUGCUAUGCCAUUUCAUCAUCAUCAGAAGGUUCAGACGAAUUUUAAUUCUGCGAUGCAAACCAAUGUCAGGCCCAUUUUUGAAAACGUGAAUCUUCAACAACAGUCUAGGCAGCCAUUUCAGCAGGGGCUUAAUAAUGGUGGCCGUCCUACUUUUUGGACUGUCUGCUCAUUUUGUUCUGUUAAAUAUGAGUAUUACAGGGAAGUUUUAAAUAGAUCUCUUCGCUGCCAACAUUGCAAUAGGCCUUUCAUUGCAUAUGAUGUGAAUAUGCAAGAUACAACAUCGGCAGCUAAUUCAAGUCAGCAAGCUUUUAGCCAGCAGAACUAUAGUCAUCAUGGUGCUUCCAAGGUAGGUGUUGGAUCUCAAGGUAAUUUGCGUACUAACAGGUCCAAUACAGAAUCUCGUCAGCAGAAAGGUCCUACUUCUGAUGUCCCUGUAAAGCGAAAUGGUAGGAGGAGGAAAUGGGUAGCAGAAUCCAGUGAAAGUUCUGAUUCUAUAGUUAGCUCUGAUUCCAUAGAUGAUAAGUUUGCUGGCAAUGAUGGUUUUCCUGGUGUUUCUACUCAUAGAGAAGAGCCUCCACGUAGAUCUACGCGGCAAAAGCAUCAGGUUUCCUACAAGGAGAAUGCGAGUGAUGAUGAUGACUUAGUACAACAGGUAAAAAGGGAUAAGCGGAGUGGAUCGCCAAGCGGUGGUGGUGAAAAUCACGGGGAGGCAGCUAAAAUGAAAAACCAGAGUGAUGUGGCUGCUGAUCUGAAAGAUGAUCAGAAAGAGGUAAAGCGGAAGAACUUUUAUUCUGAAGAGAGCUUAGAAAAUAUAAAUGACGAAAUUAAGGUGAGGGGAAAAGAAGCAUUGGGCAGCUCAAAGACAGAUGAAGCUUCAGAGCAUUCAACCUUGAAAUCAACAAAUCAUCCAGAUUUUUUUGUUUAUCCUGAUGCAGAUUUCAGUGACUUUGACAAGGACAAGAAAGAGGAGUGUUUUGUGGCUGGUCAGAUUUGGGCUGUUUAUGAUACAACAGAUGGCAUGCCUAGAUUCUAUGCUUUAAUCAGAAAAGUUCUCUCUCCUGGAUUCAAGCUGCGGAUAACAUGGUUUGAACCAAAUCCAGAUGACAAGGAUGAAAUCAACUGGUUAACUGCGCAAUUGCCAAUUGCUUGUGGGAAAUAUGAACUUGGUGCUACUGAAAUCACUGAAGAUCGUCUGAUGUUCUCUCAUCUGAUUAUUUGUGAAAAGAUUGCCCGCAAUACCUUUAAAGUGUAUCCUAGAAAGGGAGAAAUUUGGGCUCUUUUCAAAAAUUGGGAUAUCAAAUGGUAUAUGGAUGCGGAAUCUCAUCGGCAGUAUGAUUUUGAGUUUGUUGAAAUCAUGUCAGAUUAUGUUGAAGGCGUGGGAGUAGUUGUUGCAUACUUGGAUAAGUUGAAAGGUUUUGUGAGCAUCUUCUCUCAAAUUACAAAGGGAGGUAAUCGCACCUUUCAAAUUCCAUCAGUUGAGUUAUUCAGAUUCUCUCACAGAGUUCCAUCUUUUAAAAUGACUGGUCAGGAAAGGGUAGGUGUUCCUGUAGGAUCUUAUGAACUUGAUCCUGUAUCCUUGCCUAUGAAUCUGGAAGAGAUUGCUGUUCCUGAAGAUUUGGAAGGGAAGGUUGGUCUUGGUCCAUCUGUUGGUAUGAGCACAAGGUCCUCUGAGACAUUGAAAUUCGUGAUGAAGCCUGAGGGAGAUGCAUCUAUUGCCAAGGUUAAUUUGGAAAGAAGCAAUUCAGCAGAGGAGAACAAGGAUCCUGUUGAUCAUAUUGAUGAUGUUAAUGCUCCUUCGGCUUCGGGCACAGAAGCUAUUGAAAUUCCAGACCCUCAGUUCUUCAAUUUUGAUGCUGCGAAAUCCCUUGAAAAGUUUCAGAUUGGUCAGAUUUGGGCAUUUUAUGGUGAUGAGGAUGGACUGCCGAAAUACUAUGGUCAGAUUGAGGAGGUUAGGACUAGCCCAGAUUUUCAGUUGCAAGUUACUUAUCUUACUAAUUGCUGGCUACCAGAUAAUGCUAUUAGAUGGGAAGAUAAGGACAUGCUUAUAUCCUGUGGAAGAUUUAAAAUUAAAACAGAUAGUUCCCCCUGUUUAUAUAGUAACACCUAUUCUAUUUCACAUCAGUUGCAUGCUAGUGUUAAUGGCAAGACUAAGGAAUAUGCAAUAUUUCCAAGGAAAGGUGAAAUUUGGGCAUUAUAUAGGAAAUGGACGCCUAAAAUCAAACGUUCUGAUAUGGAAAACUUGGAGUAUGACAUAGUGGAAGUUGUUGGAGAAAAUGAUAAGUGGAUGUAUGUUUUACUUUUGGAGUUGGUAAGUGGUUUUAAUUCAGUUUUUAAGAGCAAAUCAAAUGAGGGAUCGGACAUGACCAUGAGAAUAUCUAGGAAGGAGUUGCUCAGGUUCUCCCACCAAAUCCCAGCCUUCAAACUUACAGAAGAACAUGGCAAUCUGAGUGGCUUCUGGGAACUUGAUCCUGGAGCACUACCAAUGCAUUAUUUUAACUACAAAUGAAAGUGGCUGAAUACAUCUACUGUAUUUAUAAGCGAUCCUGAUGGCAGUUUUGGACUCCUUUUUUUAAUUUUUUUUUUUUAAAUUAGAUAAAAACUAUACACUUUCUGUGACUAUGCAGUUGAUAUGAUAGCACCCGAGUCCUCAGGUAUUUAUUCCUGGUGCCUCUUGAAUUAAGGAGGUUGCGCUGGUUCUCUGUUGCUUUCUUGGUUAUGUUUGGAAUUUGAGUUGCG